AUGAGGUUCUUCCUCGUCGUCCUCCCGCUCUCAGGCCUCGCCUCCGCCAGCGCCGCCAGGGACAGAUACGCCGCUGUGCAACUCGUCCCGGACGGACUGACGCCGCGACACUUCAUUGAUAGGUCGCAUCCGCUGUUCAAGCGCGAGGGAUCGUGUGGCGACGACGCACACAGCUGCCUCGACAUUGGCCACGGCGACCGCUGCUGCAACAACAACAGCUACUGCUACGUCAACUCCUCCAACGAGCCCAAAUGCUGCGCAAUCGGCCAGCCCUGCACCUCGGACAACCCUUGCCCGGCCACCGCCGUCCGCUGCUCCGUCACACGAACAAUCACCCUCACCUCCUCAUCCUUCAGAAAAGCAACAACAGCAACAACAACAACAACAACAACAACAACAAGAGCAUCCCCCAGCACAACAACCACCGUCCUCACAGGCUGCUGCGGCCGCGCCUGUCCCCAAACCAGCUUCUACCUCUGCGCCCCCUCCCUCGGCGGCAACUGCUGCCCCUACAGCGCAGACUGCCAGGCCGGAGGCCACUGCGUCUCGACCAGGACCAGCCCGCCGCCGGGCCUCACCCCCGUCGCCGACGGCUGCACCACCAGCCAGUUCCGGUGCCCGGACGGCAACGGCUGCUGCGACAAUGGCCACACGUGCACCUCGUUUGCCGGCUCGGGCUACUGCUCCACCGCGACGGGCGGGCCGACCAGCACCCUCGCGGCAGCAGGCGGCGGUGACGAUGCCUCUGACGGAGACUCAUCCUCCUCCUCAGGCGGCCUCUCUCCCGGCGCGGAAGCGGGCAUCGCCGUCGGCGCAGUCGUAGGCGGCGGCCUGCUCGUCGCCGGAGCAGCAUGGCUCUACCUCACCCGCCGCAGGGCCCGGCAAACGAGCCCCUACAACAACAAUGACAGAAACGUAGCAGGAGACGCCCCCAUGGCCAUUGCGCCGACUUCCUCCCCCGACGCAUCGGCGGCCCAGCGCUGGGAAAUGGUCUCCUCCGUGACGCCCUCGGGCGCCGCCGUCACCGACGCGGGGACCAUCCGCUCGCCGUCCUCCGCCCCGGACCCCGUCGAGCUGGGCACCGAUCGGGAGCUCCUGAGCGAGGUCUCGGGCGAGGGCGUGCUGUCGCCGAGGUCGGGCGUGAGCAGUGUGGCGUUUGGGGAGCUGCGGACGCCCGAGACGCUGGAUGGGAGGUUUGAGUUGCAUGGUUCCGAGGCGAAUUGGCCGGCGAGUCCGUUGCCAAGUCCACCCUUGCCUGGCGAGAAUCCAAACUCUGCGCAAAAAUGA